AUGAAACUCUUGGCCCAUAAAUUCCUUUUUUUGUUUUGUCAUCCGGUUUUGGGAUGUGACAGUGAAAUGGGAUUGAAACAGACUGAAAGCAUUCAAUGCGAACAAGCGAAGAACAAUAAACAAACAUUUUUGGUGUUUCGGGAUUUUCAUGCUCUACAAAAUUUUAUUACUUUGGUUAGCUGCUGCGUGUGGUCUUUUACACUUCUUCUUGGACGCUUAGCAAACUUCAAUCGUGUUCGAAUUCUAAAGUCAUUAGAACUUUUUCUUCUCAAUCCUGAACAAAUGGAAAUUUUGCCAAGUCAGAUGGAAGCUGUUUUCAAAGAGUUGAAAGAUUUGGGUUCACUUCAUAGUUUCAAGGAAGAACUUCUUUUAUAUCUCACCUGGUCAAUCAUUAUUAUCCGGCUUACAUUAAGCAAUGGAAAAAGUUUUCCUGAAACUACUGUCUAA